AGAGCCACUUCCAUUGAGCCACUGCAAUGAGACUGCAACGCUUAAGCAGUAAAACGGCAAUCACGGCCAUGAAAAGCAGGCGCUACUGCUGCUCUCAGGGUUUUUCUGAGGUCAAACUGAGUGGUGAAGAGUUGUUGUCAAACAUGCUUAACAGAAAAUGGAUGCUGCAUAUUCCUGAUACCAAAAUUCACCAAGUAAUGCUUUUGCCCCUUCAAGGACAACACACAGCAGGACUAUUUGCUGAUGUUUCUUUUAUAAACAGAUCUUGCUCCUAUUUUGGAGAUCGUGUGGUGGAGAAAGACAGUCAAAAUCCAUCCUUCUAUAUUGUGAGGGAUGAUUUGUUGCAUCCCUUGGUAAAUGGUAAUAAAGCAAGAAAAUUAGAUGCAUUGCUUCCACUCCUUAUGGAUCAUUCAGUAACUGAUGUGGUUACAUGUGGAGGCUGUCAAAGUGCACAUGCAGCAGCUGUAGCUGUUUCAUGUGCAGAGGCAGGAUUAAAUUCACAUUUGCUUCUGAGAGGGGAGCAACCUGAAGUCCUGACUGGCUAUAACCUGAUUUCAACAUUACAUGGAAACGUAACCUAUGUUCCAAGAAAUCUUUAUGCCCAUAGGAAGAGCAUGCUGAAGAACCAUGCUAAUUUGGUGGCAGGAAAUACUGGUCAUGUUUUAUGGUGUGAUGAUAUCCUUGAGACCUUUUUCACAAACCAGACAUCUAAUGCUUUGAACUCAGAGCAAAUGGAUGGACGUACAAGCAUUGAGAACCAUCUAAAGAAGGUUUUGAUUGUCAAUGAAGGAGCUGGUGAUGCUGUAGCAUUACUAGGUGUCAUUCGCCUGGUAGAGUACUUAUGCCAGGAUCAUUUACUUGGAAAAAAGAGACCCAUAAAAUUGGUUGUAGAUGCUGGGACUGGUACAACGGCAAUUGGCUUGGGACUUGGAGCCUUAUGUUUUGGGCUCCCUUGGGAAGUAACUGCGGUAUUGCUGGUUGAAACAGUUGAUGCAUACAGACAAAGGGAAAAACACUUGAUUUCUGAGUUCAGGACACGAUUUGGUUUUCAUCUCAUCGAUCAUUGCUUAAAUGAAGUCCAUGGUGGAAUUGUUCAUUGGGUAGAGCGCAGCCAUAGGAGAAAAUUUGGCAAUGUAUUGGAAGGAGAGCUAGAGGCGUGCCAACAAAUUGCACAACAAACUGGCAUUCUGGUUGAUCCUGUGUAUACUUUAGCUGCUUGGGAAAUGACAAUCCAACUGAGUAAGGAGAAAACAAAAGGGGGUGCAGAAGUGGUAAUGCUUCACACAGGGGGAACUCUCGGCAUUUUUGGUUUAGCACAGAGGUACAAAACUUAUUUCCGUAACCUCAGAGAUGGAUUAUCUGCUGUAAAAGUUGCAGAUGAUUAAUGUUGUAGAUCAGAAACAUGGAAAUUUUGGUGUAAAAAAUUUCUCGUUCUUGUAAUCUAAGUUGUAGCUGUGUAUGUGCAUGUGCUUGCGCACUUGCACAUUAUCUUGUAAUUUGAGGACAAGAAUUCUCUUGGUUUUCCUUAUUAGUGCUUUAACUUGUUAGCUGAUCUGUUCUUGACCUUGGGCUGGAUUUUUUGUCUUUAUUGUGCUUGGGCCAGUCCCAAUUACUUUGGGCCGUAGCCUUUUUUUCCGAAUCCAAAAAUUCUCAUUUUGUGCAA